UGCUGGUGUAAAUUCCCAAAAUAUUUCAAUAAUUUAAUAAAGGCUCCAUCUUCUUCUCCAGUCACAAUUUAAAAAUAGGAAAAAGGAAGCCAUGGGACAAGGCAGGAAAAGACCCCAAGACGAUGAUUCCUCUUCCUCAUCCUCCAAAAUUGACCCCAACAAUAAGCACUACCGCCGUCACAGCAAUCACUCUCCGUCAUCCGCAACAAAUGAUUUUCGCCCCCAUCCACAUCACAGUUCCCAUCAACAAAUAAUGGGUAAGCGCUCAAAAUUCAUCUCAUACCUUGAAGUCCCCUCUUUGACCCCCAAGGUAAAAAUCCUUUGUGAAAUCAUAUCUAACACUCCCUCUGCGAGUGUGGAGAAGUUGCUUGAAGACACUGGAAUCCGGGUGUCACAAGAAGACGUAGAGGAGGUGCUCAAACUGUCGUAUGGAUUCCCGGGUCCGGCAGUGAAGUUCUUUCGAUGGUCCGGGUUCCAGUUGAAUGACAAGCAUAGUCCGUACGCUUGGAACUUGGUUGUGGAUUUGUUGGGCAAGAAUGGCCUGUUUGAUGCAAUGUGGGAUGCUAUUAAAUCCAUGAGGAAAGAAGGCUUGCUGUCGUUGGCUACAUUUGCGUCUGUUUUUAGUAGUUAUGUGGUAGGGAAUCGUGUACAGGAGGCAUUAAUGACAUUUGAGGUAAUCGAUCAGUAUGGUGUGCCGAGGGAUGUUGUGGCGUUGAAUUCACUGCUGAGUGCAAUUUGCAGAGAAGGGAAGACACCAGAGGCAUCAGAUUUUUUUGUUAUUGCAAGGAAUACGAUUAGGGUGGACGCAGAUUCAUAUGCAAUUUUGUUGGAAGGGUUGGAAAAUGAGGGUGAUGUGGGUAGAGCUAGGCAGACUUUUUCGGAGAUGGUGGCUGACAUUGGCUGGGAUCCAAGGAACGUGCCCGCUUAUGAUUCAUUCUUGAGUACUCUGCUUAAGGGUCCUGAAGGUGUUCACGAGGCAUUGAAAUAUUUAAAUACAAUGAUAGAUAGGGGAUGCUUCCCUGGGAUGAAAUUCUUUAAGUUUGCAAUUGAUGUAUGUGUGAGGAAGAGUGAUGCAAAAGGAGCUACACUGCUUUGGGAGGCGAUGGUUGGUAAAAAUAUUUGUAGGCCAGAUACAGGAAUGUAUAAUUCAUUGAUUUCGUUGUAUUGUAAUCUCAAGGAUUUUGAUUUUGCUAAAAAAUUGUUAGAUGAGAUGGUUUAUAAUGGGGCUUUCCCUGAUUCUGAAACUUACAACCUACUGUUUCACUUUUUGAUUAGAUGCAAAAGGCUGAGAGAGGCUGCGCCAAUCUUUAAUGAGAUGGUGAAAAAUGAGUUUGUGCCUAUACAGACAGACUGCAGUGUCGCAGUUAAAGCCUACAUAGAAGUUAAGGAUCCUCGUAUGGCAAUUAGGAUAUGGAGAUGUAUGGUUGAAAAUUAUAGUUUGGAUUUGGAGGAAACCAGUAAUUUGUUGGUUUUGGGGCUUCGAGACAUCAAUUGGGUUCCUGAAGCAGUUAAAUUUGCUGAGGAUGUGAUUGAAAGAGGAAUUAAGUUGAGCUCUGCGACGUUGUCAAAGUUGAAACAAACCCUAGGUAAAGUGGGAAAGACAUUUGUUUAUGAGGAACUUCUAAAGAAGUGGAAAACACAUUAGGUUUUCCUCAUGUGGUGCCGCUACCUUUGUAAAUUGUAGGUCUCAAAACUGUUGCUUGGAGAGGAAAUCUAAGAACAAAUAUGACCCGGGUGCAGAUGAUGAUAGAGUUUUAGACUACAUUCCCUCGGUUGAAUGGAUUUGCAAAUGCUUUGCCUCUGUAAAUCAGAUGGUAAAUAUCCCUUAUUUUCAUUUUCUAUUGCAAGUGUGGUGCUUUGUAAAUAUGCUGGCUGAAACUGUGGCAUUUUGAAAGACUCGAGAUGCUACCUUGUUUCAUCAACUGACAACGAGCUGUUUGCUUAGUAGUCAAGUUUGUCAUUAAUAGGGGUCGAGGUUGAUUUGAAUUCAGAAACUAGUCUUCUAAGCGAUGUUUGGUGGUAGUUUGCAUA